CACACUGUCUCUCUCUUUCACACACACACUCACAGACACAGUCAUUCUCUCUUUCACACACACACACACACACACAGUCUCUCUCUUUCACACUCACACACACUCACACACACACACACUGUCCCUGGUUUAUCUCACUGGUCUCCUGAAGCAGUGUAACCCACCCUGAGCUCAUCCCAGUAAAGUUACGCUUCAGUCUGUCCUCAUUCCCUUUCCUUCCUCAGUGGGAGGAGCUAAGAAGAGAAAUAAGGAGGGGCUAAUUAACGGAGAACCCACGCCCACCUCAGCAGAAUGUUCCAGAACAGCUCAGACUCUACAUGCCUCCCUGCUCCACGGUUAAACCCCUAAACACACAUAAACACCAUUAUCAAUUUUGUGUGUGUGUGAAGGAGAGAGACAAUGUGUGUGUGUGUGUGUGUGUGUGUGUGUGCGGCAUGUAAUACUGGCAUAAUCUUGUUUGGCUUUUGAGUCCAUUAGUAAGAUUAAAGAGGUCAACCCCCAUCAAACCACUCUGUGUGUGUGUGUAAGAGAGUGUGUGUUGUAAACAGUAAAAUCAAUCACACACACCAAUUACACAAUGGGGGAAGGAUGAAUGUAGAGAGAGAGAGAGAGAGAGACGUUAUAUUGUCCACUGAUUGGUCUGUGUGUGGACAGUAUAAUGUGUGUGUGUGUGUGUGUGUGUGUGGACAGUAUAAUGUGUGUGUGUGUGUUUAGGUGUGUUUGAUGGGGGAGAUGUUGUUGCUCCAGCAGCUGUUGCUAGGCAGCCUGGUGGUUGGGACUUUGCUCUACCUGAUAACACACCUGAGUCAUCUGGACAGAGUGCAGUUGGUUUGUCCCACUGAGAACACGUCAUGCCCUGCUGGUGUUUCAGUUCAGCAUAAACAGGGCGCGUUGUAUGAGCAGCGAAGGGGCGGAGUCAACAGAGGACACCUGGUGCAGCAGCUUCCACACGCCAUCAUCAUUGGAGUGAGAAAAGGAGGAACUCGAGCUCUGCUGGAGAUGCUCAGCCUGCACCCUGCCGUGGUCAAGGCCUCACAGGAAGUGCACUUCUUUGACAGCGAUGAGAAUUAUGGGCGGGGCUUCGCCUGGUACCGCAGCCGCAUGCCGCUUUCCCUUAUCAAUCAUGUGACAAUCGAGAAAAGCCCCGCCUACUUCACCACAGAGAAGGUUCCAGAACGGAUCUUUGGGAUGAACGCGUCCGUGAAGCUGUUGGUGAUUGUGCGUGAGCCCGUCACCCGAGCCGUCUCCGAUUACGCACAAGUCCUGGAGGGCAAGCGUCGGAAAAACAAAACGUACCCGGGGUUCGAGUCGCUCGCCAUCGACAGCGCCACCUGCAGCGUGAACACGAAGUACAAAGCCGUGAGCACCAGCGUCUACGCCAAACACCUGGAGCGCUGGCUCCGGUUCUUCCCCGUACAGCAGCUCCACGUCGUGGACGGAGACCGGCUGAUCUCGGAUCCUCUCCCGGAACUCCAGAUGGUCGAGCGAUUCCUGAACCUGACACCUCGGAUCAGCCGUGACAACCUGUACUUCAACGCCACGCGUGGGUUCUACUGCCUCCGCUCCGAGCGGCACCGGGUCCGGAGGUGUCUGGCAGGAAGUAAAGGCCGCACGCAUCCGCGCGUUCACACGGCUGUACUGGACAAACUCCGAGUGUUCUUCCAUCCGUACAAUCAGAAAUUUUACCAGAUCACUGGAAGGACAUUCAACUGGCCAUGAACACACACGCACACAAGCAGACACACACGCACACACACACACGCACACACACACAC